AUGCCUGCUGCUGAGAUCAUAUGCCUGCCUGAGCUGGGAAAGACAUUGGGAGCAAACGAGCAGCCGCAGAUGGUGGAGUUUGUAAUACAGCAGGACACAACCGUGAAGACACUGAGGGAAAAGUUGAAGGAAUAUGGCCUGCAGACGAGCGGGAAGAAAGCUGACCUGAUUGAGCGCUUGCGUGAGUAUGCUGCUGAUGACACGAGCUGGAGACUGUUGUUCCAACCUGCAAGGAAAGGGACGAGAGGCAGCUACACAGGCAGGCGAACGGCAAAAUUGUCCGCACAGCGCAUCACAUCCCAAUUUGGGGAGCACGAGCUGACCCUGGUGCAGCACAAGAGCAAACGGGGCAUUGGCCGUGUGGUGCAGAGUCUCACACCAGCCGACAUUGACAAUAAUGAUGCCUGGGCGGCUGACGCACUACGAGUGAAUGUGCCCCUAUCAAUUACAGAGCAACCCACCUUGCUCACACCACAACUCUCGGCCCACACCAAUCUCCCACCUGCAGGCACUGUGUAUCCCACCCACGAGUCAACUACUGAGGAUGGACAGAGCCUGAACCUGCGCUUCAGGCGCUUGGAACGCACCAUUGCCAGUCUGGAAGACACCUUCGUCGAGCGAGUGAACGACCUCGAGAUGGGGAUCGGCAACCGAAUUGCUCGCGAGCUUGCUCCCCUCCUCCGCACAAGCUUUGAUGCUUUCAGUGCUGGGGUUUCUCAGCAACCACUUCAACCAGCACACCCUCGCCCUCUCGCUGCAUCAACGCAGCUGUCUUCCACUGCACAACCAUUCAAAAUGCCUACCUCCGUCACUGAGAUGGCCGCUGUUCCCACGCAAUCCAUCCCACCCUCCAAUCUCGCCGUUCUUCAGCUGGACGAUGGAGAGCUGGCGUUCGACAAGACCACGGUCAUGCCACCACCAGCUGUGCGCUUUUCGACGGACAUCAGCAGCUCUGUUCAGAGAGUGGCACCAUUCGACGUACCUGGUGGUGAAUGGGCAUGGAAUCCCCGUCAAGUUUUGGGGGGAUGUAACAGCAAGGCAUGGGCACUGCGGAAAGUGCAGUGGGGGCAGUGGAAGUUCAUUGUCGAGGAGCGUUCGCGUUUCGCAUCGGACGAUGCAUUCUGGAUCGCCUGGACGGACACCAAUGGCCAGCGUGUCGGAUACACGAAGCUCUGCGACACUCUGCAGCGUCAGCGUGUGGCUCGUGACACGCGAGACGCUGCCGCUGCAUGCUCGUUCUUCGAUGGCAACCUCGACCACCCUGAUGCGCAAGGAGUAUUCAGGUAUGCGAAGUCUGGUGUUUCGAAGCUGAUGAGCAAGGAUGUCGAUGUCGCCCGCAAGUGGAGGGAGUUGCUUGCCGUCAACGUUGCACUCGCCCAGCGCUGGGAGGGUUCACGAGAUCCGAGUUUGCCACAGCUGCAGCCAUCAUCACUGCCAGCAUGACUCUUACUACUGCACUACUACAUGCUCUGCCUGUUCAUUGUCUCCACCCCACACCAGCCUCUCUCCUUGCAGCAUUUUCCAUCCCUUCUCCUUUCCUUUCUCUAUUGACGGCUCCAUGCCGUCUUGCUAAACUACCAGUAGAGUACCUUGCAAGUAUGUUGCACCUUUUAAUUGCACUUUCAUUGCUUAACUGCCUAACUGCUUGACUGCUCGAGCUGCUUCUUGCCCUACUGCCU